AUGAGCACACACGACCGUGUUCUCAAAUUCGCCCACCUCUUCAAGGAAGGCGAGGAUUCAUACCUCUUCGUCGACCGACUGGGUGACGGCUGCUUCAGCCACGCCCAAAAAGUCUGGCAUGUCCAGUCCCGCAAGAUCAUGGUGCGAAAGGUAAGACAUCGAAGACUCGAGUCCAAGGAUGUGACGGAGCCCGACACCGAGGUAAGAACCUUGUCCCUCCUCGAGAAAGCGCCGAGCAUGCCCGGAAUCACGCCCCGUCUCGCAAAGCUGCGUGCCUACGCUGACAUUCCCAGAGUUACGCGACUGCCGGGCAGCCCUCUGAGCUGGACGAGGGUCUCGUACUGGGACUUCUACAACGGAGGCGAUCUGGGGGCCUUCAUCAAGGCCAGCGGUAACGACAUCCCCAUGGCGGCCAUUGCCCGCUACGCCCGCCAGGCUCUCGAGUCACUCGAGUUCUGCCACAGCGCGGGGGUAAUCCACGGGGACCUGAACACGGGCAACGUGUGGGUCCACUGGGAGGCAGGUGGCAAGAUGCCGGACUUCUACCUCGGGGACUUUGGGAACGCGGCCACGAUGGAGGAGGUGAAUGAGUGGACGACGGCCGUAGGCACGCCGGUGAAGUCGUGGGAUAUCCCCAGCGUGCGCGCGCAUGUCUGGGAGAUGAUCUACCGGAAUUCGGGGGGGGAUGCCGACGUGGACGAGGUCAUCAGAGGGGCGGGGCGCCUGGGAACGGUAGUGUGGGAGAUGGAUCGUCUUGACAAAGUCGUCAAGGAGAUUCAAGCAUCCGGGGCAAUGUUCACCAGGUUCCCAAGCCUGUCAAAGCUCAUCCGCCUCGCAGGAAUGGCAGAAGACCACUUUCUCCGGGUGGAUAAGGGUGAGGUCGACUACCGGGCUCCCCACGAGGACAGCAUCAGCAAGGCACAGAAUGCCAGGCCUCUCUACUACGACGAUGCGGAGACUCCUCUCCAGGCCCGGCUGAUCCUUGGACCGUGGUAUGUCGCGAGUGUAGACACCAGGUUCAACUUCCCCGAGUCGCACGGUGAGGUUGCCCACAGUCGCCCAAACCCAAACAACUCGGAUUCGGAUUCCGAUAGCAUGUCCAAGCGACAGCCUGUUAGGAGAAAGGGAGGGUGGCGACCCGACAGUUCGGAUGAGGAGGAAGAUGAUGGCUGGUGUUACUUGUCGGACAGUGGAGAUAUCCUGAGCUCUGAUGACACAGCGCCGCUUUUGGGGCCGAGAGAGAAUGCAGUCCCGCCUCUCGUAACGAGGGAUGUUGUGGACGCCAUGAUGGAAGCUACGCGGGAGACAUUAAUCUAA